ACCAGAAAGAAAAUUUGCGCUCAUCCUGAGUUGCAUGUGGUGAUGGCUCGUUCGUCCUUCGACCCUUUUGCGGUCCAUCCCUUCACCAAUUCAUCGGUGAUCCUCCCUCAAGCACCCAUGCCAUCCCAGUACUAUUCUCAGCCAACAUCGUUCGUCGCCACCGCCCCCAUCCAAAUUAUGGCGCCUAGUCCCAAGCGGCCUGUUGCACAAUCAAAGGCGUCAUCUUCGUCAACCCACCCGGUCUUCACUUCAUUCCGAGUGGAUACGUCUUCUCCGGAUCUAGUUCUGAAAUCCAAAGCUAGCCCUUUGUCGACCCAAGGCUCACACAUCCAGCAGGGUUCAUGAUCUAUUAUGAUACCAGUAUACCCAUAUAUCUUUGCAUAUUGCAGUGUCCUUUACGUUUCGGGAUCCGUGCAAAUAUGGACCGUCGCCAGCCACCAUCAUUGAUGUCUCUUUACAAUUAUAAUCAAUUUGCAUUAUCAGCUGUAAAACAAUUUUCAGACUGACCGCGUGCCCAUCGUUCGAAAGUAUGGAGGUCAUAGACAUUGCCAAAGGUGUCAUCGGAGGGCGUCAUGCAGACGAAGCUUUUCAUCAAAUUGGAGCGAAUGCCUCUGCCAAGAGUUUUGGUUCCGUAGAUCGGGGGAUACAAAGGUGGCGGAGACGAAAACGA